AUGGCCAUCAUGAAUCUCCCUCCGGUCCCCCCAGAACUCAAGUCUAUUUCUCCCUACCUCCAACGCGCCGAUGAGGUCAGUAGUAAGGAUCCCGUCAUGUCCUAUUGGUGCGCAUACUACGCUGCUCAGGCGGGCAUAUCGCUCAAACUCAAAGAAUCAACCUCCCGAAAAUUCCUCUUCACCCUUCUUGGCGUACUCGAGCACCUGAAGGAAGACCUCGGCCACAAUGAUGCAGUCGAGGACGAGUCUGCUGCGGCCGCAUAUGUCGAGAACUUUGCCCUGAAGGUGUUCACAAUGGCAGACAGCGAGGACAGGCGAGGACAAGCUACCCGUGGCACUGCGAAGAAGUUCCUUGCUGCUGCCAACUUCCUCGAGAUCCUCCGUACCUUCGAAAAAGACAAAGCCGAGUCUGUCUCCGCUGACUCGAAUGCGGAGAAGAUUCGUUAUUCCAAAUGGAAGGCUGCCGAUAUCGCCAAAGCCUUCCGUGAGGGCCGUAAACCCACGCCUGGCCCUGCCGGUGGGGACCCUUCGCCCGAACCUGACGUGAUAGUACCAUCGUCCGCUUCACCUCCGCCCCAGGCUUACAGUCCGCCCGAGUCCGUGGCAGGGACGAGCGCGCUAGCGCCGAUGCGCACGACGCCUCCUCCCCCAUCGAUCGUGGACUUGCCCUCUCCACAACAGAACUCAUUCUUCCAGCAGGUUUCCCCUCACGCACCUAACGCAUCUCUUCUACCGCAUUCGCACCCAGACAUUGCUCCCGUUGCGCGGACGCCAGGCACCUGGAGCACGGUUACAACGCCAGGAACGCCAGGGGAAAUGUUGUCCGAAGACACGUCGCCCUCGCCGUCUCGGAAGGAAGUGCGCUUCACGCCUUCUGUCACAGGUGGUCUCACGCCGGGCUUUGAGCCGUCCGCCCCGCCGUUCCUGGAUCAAUCUCUUCUCGCGACCCCUCCCGAUGUAUAUACUUCUCUUCCAUCUGUGCCUUCGCCUUCUGCACCAGAGCCUAGAUUCUCGGCAAGGUUUGUGCCCGAGGACGUUGAGCCAGAAUCAGGGGCAUCAUUUGCCUCCCAGCUUCCACCAGGGUUUGUCCCAUCGAUCGUCCUCCCAUCUGUCCCUGCAAUGCCGCCGCCGCCCGGGGCAUCGGAUGCGACGCUCACGCCUGUCCCCGUGGAGCUGACGCCGGUGGUGAUUGCACGCGCACAGAAGCAUUGCCGGUUCGCGGUCUCGUCCCUGGACUACGAAGACGUGGAACAGGCGCGGAAGGAGCUGAGGGCCGCGUUGAAGCUGCUGGGAGGCUAA